AUGUUACCGUAUAUGGCAUAUCGAUACGUGAAAAAUAAACGAGAAAACAAUCAAAGAAACAUGGAGGAGAAUCUCGAUUCGAUGGUGUCAAAUUUGACAAGAAGUAUGGUUCCAGAUCAAUGCGUUUUGCGUAUUCCUGGUGUUGCCGCGAAAUUGAUUGAUGAGUCAGAGGAAUAUGUUCCAGGUGUUUUAUCGAUCGUUGAAAAGGUUGGUUAAACGAGUUUUUUCUCUCUUAAAUCUAUAAUUUUCAGUCAAUCGGAGUGUUCAUUGAAUGGAGUCCUUCAGAAGAUUCAGAUGCUUCAUGGGUUAUCGCAUCAGAUGACGGAAAUACAGAAACCUACAAUCCAAGAAGCCCAAGUCAUUCAGCAAGUCUCGAAAAAACGAGUUCUGAAGAUAUUGCGAAAUUGGCGUUUUCUCUUGAUGUCAAUGAUUUGAGCAGUUAUAAAAAUAUCGAGCCGAAAAAGGGAAAAGGAUUGCCAUCGAUUCGAUUGAUAUGCAAAGAUGGAACUAGUUAUGUUCCAUUAUAUUUUCGAAAUACUUCGACUUCUGCUUUCAAUGAUGUUUUGCAAAGGUGAGUAGGCUUAUUUGAAAUAGGUUAUCUUUGUAGAAAAUCUUAUGGUAAACAUAAACAUUUUUUGUUUUUCAGUAUGAACUAUCGAGUUUUUUUGCAUAUAUAAAUAUAAUUUUUUUAUUCAGAUACUUGACACUGCGCCGAUCAAACCGUGAAGCAAAUCUCAUUGUUGUUUAUGAUCAAAAAGCCGAAGCACUCGCAAAAAGUGUUAGCAUGCUUGAUGAAAACGGUGAUAUUCUCAGUCGAUUUAUGCAAAAUCCAUAUAUGACAGCGAUGACUGGAUUCAGUAAAAUCACCUCAUUCGUGCAAGAUCAAGUCAUUCCAACCGUCCUUGAUAACGAUGCAGUUUCUUCGGAGGAAAAAAUCCGAUUAAUGAGAGAACUUCGUUUGGCAAAUGAUAAAUUUGAAGAGCAAAUGAGGGUUCAUUCGGAUGCGGCUGGAGAGUUUGAAGUUGUUACGCAAUUGGAAUUGCCGCCGAGACCGGAUAUAUAUCGAGAAUCAUCGGUUACUCAACAAAUGUGGGAUGCUUUCAAGCUUCCGAAUGGAUCGAUUGAUCCUGUUAAAUUGCAUCAUUUGAAAAUGAAUGUAUUCCGAGGUGGAUUGAAUGCUGAGAUUCGUAGAGAAGCGUGGAAACUUCUUUUGGGAUAUAGAAAAUGGGAUGAAUCGGAUGCGGAAUUUGAGAAGAGAAAACAGAAAUUAAGUGUGGAAUAUGAAAAUAUGAAGAGACAAUGGUCAUCGAUUACGGAUGAUCAAGAAAAACGGUUUUCGAAAUAUUCAAAACGAAAGUCUCUUGUUGGUAAGAAAUCUAAUAUUUUUUUUUAAAAAUCAACAAUUUUUCCCAUUUUCAGAGAAAGACGUGGCUCGAACUGACAGAACAGUUCCAUUCUUCCAAGGAGACGACAAUGAAAAUCUGAAACUUUUGCACAAUGUUCUGAUGACUUAUGUGAUGUACAAUUUCGAUUUGGGAUAUGUUCAAGGAAUGAGCGAUUUUGCGUCGCCGUUGUUGUUUGUGAUGAAAGAUGAGGUUGAUACAUUUUGGUGUUUUGUUGGAUUGAUGAAUAUUACGGUUAGUUAUUAUUCUAGAAAUUAGAAUUCGAAUGCCACGUUUUUGUAAAUUUAAAGUUCAUGUUUUUAAAAAUUUAAAUUUCGAAAAUAUUUUCAUGCAAACGAAAAAAAAAACAUUGUAGGUCAAAAUUAGUAAUUUUUGAAGCUUCUGGAGUGAUUUCUGAUAAAAAUAAGCUUGGAGAACCCUAUUUUACCUCAUUUUAUCAAUUUUCUCGAAAUUCACCACGAAAAAUCAGCAAAAACUUCUGAAGGUCAAUUUUCAUGAGAAAUCACCCCAGAAAUUUCAAAAAUCUCGAUUUGUCAUCAUUUUUGGCUGAAAAACUCGAAAAACUAAUUUUGACCCACAAUGUUUUUUUCGACAUUUUUUGACUUUGUGAAUGAUCUUUCAAUGUAAAAAAACAUUUUUUCGUUCCUGAAUCACCCCUUUUUCCAAAAAAAAUUCAAAUUUCAAAUGAGAAUAUUUCAGCACCGAAACUUCGAAAAAGACCAAGCAUACAUAAAACAACAAAUGAAUCAACUCCGAGAUCUCGUUAUGAUUGUAAAUCCACGUCUUGCCAAUUAUUUGGAAAGUCAUCAAUCAGAUGACAUGUAUUUCUGUUUCCGAUGGGUUUUGGUUUGGUUCAAACGAGAAUUCUCGUUUUUGGACACUUGUAAACUUUGGGAGGUGAGUUUGAGUUCGAAAAUCAAUAAUUAAAAAAAUCAAAUAUAAAUUAAUUCCAGGUUUUAUGGACCGGUCAACCAUGUGCUAGUUUCUUGCUGCUUAUCUGUGUUGCAAUUCUCGAUUCACAAACAAAUGUUAUUAUUGAUAACAAAUUUGGGUUGACUGAAAUUUUGAAAGUGAGUUUUGUGAAUUUCAAAAAUUGAAAAAAAGUUCAGAUUAGGCUUGUGCGGAAAAUGAAAAUGAGUUUUCCGAUUUUUCGACUUUUUGGAAAAAUUUCGGAAAAAAUUGCUUUUCUAAAAUUUUCCGGGACCAAUAAUUUUCCGAAAAAGUGAGAAAAAUGACCGUUUUCAUGAUUUUUUGCUAAUUUUAACACAAAAUAAUUUUUGGUAUUUCUGAAAAACAUGGAAGUUUGUUAGUAACAUACCCAAAAAUCUGAAUUUCAGAGUUUUUAGAGGUCAAAACCUGAAAAGUUCACAGUUUUCAUACUGUAAAAAGUUAGCGUACAUUUUUUUAUUCUGGAAACCACGAUUUUGGUCGAGGUGUGGUUAGUAAUAUUUAACAGAAUUUCCAAAAUAUCGUGAAAACUGCUGAAUUUGUUGAAACUACUCCAAAAAUUUUCAAAAACCAACAAAUGAGCCUAUUAUUUCAUCAAUGAAAUUUUUUCCGACAUUUUCCGAAAAAUUAAGUCGGAAAAACCAAUUGGAAAACUUUUUUCCAAAAUUUUUCUUUCGGAAAAACACGGUUUUCCGAAAUUUUCCGAAAAUUUAUUUUCCGCACAAGCUUGGUUUCGAUAACCAGACAAAUUUGAAUUUUCCAGCAUGUCAAUGAUUUGUCGAUGCAUCUAAACGUCGAAGAGAUUCUCACAGCCGCCGAAGCAAUAUUCCAUCAAUUAUCAGCGAGUCAAAACAAACUGCCAAUUCACAUAUGUCAAUAUUUGAAUAUUGGCGAAACCGCAGUCACACCAACAUCUCCAAACAGAAGUUUCGAGGAAAAUUUGUAA